UUUGAACCAUUUUUUUAAUCUGCACCUGUUUGUUUGCAGUUUUGUUACGUCUCCCCAAAUUCUGCAAAUCUAUAAAGGGUGCAUUGCAGGAGGCCUCCGGUGAGAGAAACAAAUCAUAAGAAUUCAGCAUUUUAUCGUGUCAUUAUUAUUUCAUCAGCCAUCACCCAAAGAAACAUUGUGGUUUCAUUUUAUCCCACUGUCAAUAUACCAUCUAUUCAUCUCUCAAAUAAAAUCAUGAGACUCAUUCCGCAGUAUUUCAGCUCUCAAGAGGAAGAAAGAUGCCAUACUAGACGAUAAUUGUACUUAAGUUCGUGCGUGUGCGCGUCUUUGACAGAGGGGGAGACACUACAGGCGGCUGUUUAAAGCAUCCUGUAAAGUCCCAACAUCAUCAUUUUAGCAAAAGAAAAACUGCUGACGAAAAUGUACCAAAUGCUUAUUUCACUGUUGAUCCUGUUUAACUAUUUCAUUUCAGGUGCUUGCCUAACAACAGAAGAGCUCAGUGAAGUGAAAAUCACAUGUAAAAUGUCACCCCCGGGUACCAUCGUGUUCUGGUUCCGAGUCCUGGAGACUGGUAUUGAGGCCAUAGGAACAUUUAACAUUGAAGGGGACCCUAAAAUGGUGCCCGAUAGUAAUGUGUUUGACUACAGAAAUAUGAAAAGAGAUAAAGCAAUACUUUUGAAAAGUUUUCAGAAGAACCGUGACAGCGGCAUUUAUGGUUGUGGGAAACUGAACGGCAACAAAUUGGAUUUCGGACCAUUGACCUCCAUUGAAGGACACCCUGGUGAGCUGAAAAUAACACCUGCAGUAAAGGCGGUUACAGCACAUGUCACUCCCGGCAGCACCGCGAAGCCCUGCCAAUGCCGAACUCCCGCCCAGACUAAGUCUAAGCUCGGUGAAGGCUGUCCAAUAGUCAUUUGGGCUCCAUUAACUGCUGCUUGUAGCCUAAUCUUCCUCAUCCUCAUCAUCAUCAUAUGUCACUGCAACCGAAUUAGAACAAGACGAUGCCCUCACCAUCACAGGAGGAAGCCUAAGAAUGUCACACCAGCCCGACAGGCUAUGGGAGACAGAUACCACUGAUCAGGCAGGGGUAGGACCCCAUCUCAAUGUCACAAUCAACUGCCAAAUUGUACUUUUAUAGCGAUUUUACUCCUUUUGUAGAACAACAGUACAUAUAAUUCUUUUGUAUUUUAAGAUGAUUUUAAGUGUAUAUAUUUUAACAGUAAUGUGUUAGCACACAUGGUCAUUAUCAGAUCAAUGUACAUUUUAAAAUGGAUUAAGUUUGAAUUCAAAAUUCAGUAGAUAUUUUCCAUCAUGUACCCUUUACCAAGCAAGAGUCAUACGGUCUCUGGUUUCAUCAUGUGUACAUAUGACAGCUGCAAUAAACCAACUAAUUAUCAAAAUAAUAAUCAAACAGAACUUUGACCAGCAAAGUUUUUAAAUGAAAAUGCAUAACGUUUAAACACUGGAUUUAUAAAAUAACUAUAAUAGCAUUUGAUAUGAGACCUUCCAGGAUAAAUCAGGAACAAAUUCCUGUCUCUAGAUUUUGUUCUUUACAGCUGAGAGAUGUAAUUAAUUUCACAAGUAAAGAACUUCUGAUCACACCCA